CGCAAUUAUAAUAGAAGCAAAGAUGGAGGAGCAAAGUAUCUGUGCCCCGCUGCUGGCGGAGUCAGAUACUAAAAAUAACAAUAAUUCUCAUUAUAACGUGGCUUCUGUAUCAGAUGCUGACACAGUAAUAAACACUAAUAAUACCAAUAGUUCACAGAUUGAAGGCCCGAGGAAAAGCCACCCCCUGAAGGGACUGCUGACGGACAGCCGCUGCCAUGUGUGUGAGGCAUCGUUGCUGUUCGAGUCUCAGAGGGUGGCUCACUACGAGGGAAAGAAGCAUGCCCAGAAAGUGCGGCUCUACCUGCAGGCUAAGAAAGAUGAGAAACUAAGUAAGGACCCGGGUGGCUUCCAGAGAGGUGUCCCUGUGCACAAGGACCGCUUCUGUGAGCUGUGCAGCAUGGUGUUCAGUUCCCCGGUGGUGGCGCGCUCGCACUACGACGGCAAGGUCCAUGCCAAGAACCUGAGGAAACAGGGCGUCCAUCCCGCCGCCCAGACAAAAGACGGUUGCCUGAGGGGCCCAGAGUCGACCAGCCCGAGGCCGCCGCAGGCCUCCGGCUCUGACCAGGGAGCCGGCGAGGCGGUGGGCACGGCGCCCGCGGACGCCCCAGUCCGCGGCGUGGACCUCAGCGACCCGGACAAACACUGUCGCCUGUGUGCCGCCUCCUUCAACAACCCCUACAUGGCCCAGCAGCACUACGUGGGCCGCAAACACCAGAGGAACCACGCCCGCCAGCAGCUGCUCAAAGACCUGGGCGGGGACCCGGCGCGAGCCACGUCUUUCACAUGUCCGGUGUGUAACAUCGAGCUCAACUCUGUGGAGAUGUACCAGUCUCACAUGCAAGGAAACAAGCACCAGAUCAAGGAGAAGAAGGUUGUUGACCUGUGCAAGUCUCAGAAGAAGGUGUAUGACUCGUUUGCAGAGGAGUUGGCUGACUACAUCCACGUGCAGAAGGCCCGUGGGAUAGCCCCCAACACCAGCUUUGGGAUAAUGAAGGGAGAGCAGGAGGGAGAAGGAGUAGCCAACCCCAGCAAGACUGACGGGCAAAACAAAACCAACUCCAGCCUUCCUCCUUCCUCCCGGCCUCUUCUUCCUGUCAUCCCUCCUCCCCAGCCUGCUCCUGAAUUUUAUCCUCCUCACAUUUGGUCCCCACCCUAUCAGGCUCCUCCCAUUCAAUUUGGCUUCAGGGGGAACAUGUAUGAGCAGAAAACCUGGGGCCACACCUUCCCUCAGCCACUACCCCCUGGGUCCACUCUGACAGGCCUAAUUGGCCGGCCUCAGCCCAGGGGCAGGGCCGACGAACGUUCAAGCUCCUCCGCUUCCUACACAACCUCCUCUCCUUCCUGCACCAGCAGCAGCGACAGUGAUUGUGACCACCACUACCGGGAGAGGAAGAGGAGGAAGAUGAGAAAGGAAAGGAGGGCAAGAGAGGAAGACUCAGGGGACAGGAAGAGGAGGAGGGGGAGGAGGGGAGGCAAUAAUACAGAAGGGAGAGGAGGAAGAGAGCCUGACGUUGAGGAAGAGAGGGGGAGAAGGAGGAGAAAAAGACAGCACAGGAGGAGCAGGAGUCACGGGGAGGGGAGCAGGGCUAAAAGACGCAAGGAAGGGGAAUCCGAAGGAGCAAAGGAGGACAAAGAACUGAAUACAGAGGAGAGGGUUGGUGGGGAAGGAGAAGAGACAGAGGUAUAUAUGCAGGCCGAGAUACAGGAAGGGACAAAGGAGUCCUACGAGGUCAGGGAGACCAGGGCCAAACACAGGAAAGACAAGAAGAGGAUGAAGGAGAAAGUGGACACCAGGACAGAGGAGGAGAAGUUAUGGGAUGAGUCCAUCAUAGGCUUGUAA